AUAAGAAAGGAAAGCGGAAGGAAAUCAGUGAGUGGUGCAGUGGUGUCUGUAGCUGUAAAUACAGCCUAAAAGAAAACAGGACAUCUGCAUGGACUAAAACAGUUGUUUUGUAGACUACACGAGUGCAAAUUAGAGUCAGGACUAAAAGAUGCCAGCUGCACAUCUGGCUCUGGAGGCUCAGAUUUGGUCGGUGAUGGAGAGCCUGGCUAAAGCAGCCGUGGCUGAGAUCUGUAAACUGAUAGACUCCGAGUCUGUGGAGAUGCGCUUAGAAAUCCGCAGGGGCCAGACCGAGAUCGAGUCACUGAAGGGGAAACUGCGGGACCUGAGGAAAGCUUUGAGAAAUAAUUCUUUCUCCACAGCUUCUCCACUCAUUCCCCCCUCGCUCGCCAGUGAGUUUGGCGAGCAUGAGAGAGAAACAAAAGCUGAUGAUCUCCAAGAGGCUGAUUGUGGGGAUGAAGAGGAAGAUGAUAAGACUGGCUACACAGGAUUGAUUAACAACUUACAGGAGGAUGCCAACCACGGAAGUCGAAAUUCUCUUCUGAGCUGUGAGAGUGAACAGACACAGAGUGUUUUUCCACUUAGUGAGAAAGAUGCUCAGUUUAGACAGUCCCAGAUUCUUAAUGACUCACUGACCAGUGGAAAUAAAGCAGAUUGUGGAGGACUCGGCACUGCGGCUGUAAAAGUGGAGUCUGAUAGUCAAUCUGUGUCCGUAGAAGAGUGUGUUUUUGAGGGCUGCCAGACUGACCAGAGGCUAUGCACAAACACACAAGGCCAAAUGAUGGGAGAUGGCAACAACCAGUUUGGCACUACAGAAGAUUUUUAUCCCCAGUCUCAGUUCUCCAUGCAGUCCCAUCACUCCGAAGAGGCAUCUCAUUGCAAAUAUGAUAAACUGUUAAGACAUCUUCUGGAGCCGAGGAACGGGGAAGGGAGCCCUUGUAGGCUGAAGUUUAAGACUGAGCCAGAGGAGGAGCCUAUAACAGAGAGGGCAAAUGAAUUGGCACCAUGUGAGGUGAUGGACAGUGAUGCUCUACCAUGGCCUUUUUUGACCACAGUGAACUUUGAGACACAAGGCAGUUCUUCUAAGCUACAGCAAACUUUAUAUGCUUCCCACACAGACCCCCAGCUGUUUCACCUUGCUGGGACCAGUGAGAUAUUACCCUCUUGUAGUAUUAAGCAUUCAGGUGAGCCCCAGACAAAACAGGCAAAAGCAAGAAAGAUCCAAGAGCGAAUUCAAGCUAAAACCUUCAAACAGAACUCAGCCACCUGGUCCACAAUGCUGACAAAGGUGAAGACUAUGCCAAAAACGAACAGACACAAGCCACUGCCUUGUUCUUUUUGUCCUAAAAGCUUCUACAAUGCCUCUGAUCUAAAAAGACAUCAGCGCAUCCACACAGGUGAGAAGCCCUUCGGCUGUGCAGUGUGUGGAAAGCGCUUCGCUCUCCGAGGAAACCUCAUCACCCAUGAGAGAGCACACAGCGGCAGCAAGCCCUUUACUUGUCAACAAUGUGGGAAAAGCUUUGCUCAUGGCUCCAACCUGACCGCCCAUCAACGUGUUCACACUGGAGAAAAGCCUUUCUGCUGCUCGCUGUGCGGGAAAACAUUUGCUUGGCAUUACCCUUUCAAAAGACACAUGACUCUGCAUGGUCAAAAUGGCCCGACCCAGUGAUUAUAGUCUUGUUUGGGAUUCAUGUUCUCUGUAUAAUUGCAAAGGUCUGUUCUGCUGAAGGCUCUUAAAUAGUUGGCUUGGAUGUACAGUUCUGGUUAAAACCUUAAAUUGGAUCAAAACCAUUGCAUUAUGUGGAGGUUUUGUUUAAAUGUAAAAGGUUCUUCACACUCACAUAUCUCAGUUUCUGUAAAGAACUAUCAGUCGAAAGGUUCUGUCAGGAUCCAGAAGUGGUUCUAUGGCAGAGAUCUCCAGUGCUCCUCCUGAAGAUCUACUUUUAGGUUAGUUCCAACCUGCAUCUAACUUGCUGCCCUGCCCCCCACCUUCCCCCUUUAAAUAACAGUAAUGAUCCAGCCAAUCAUGGACUUCUAAAGAAGUUAAUUAGCUGGAGCAGAUAUGGCAAAUUGUGUUGGGACAAGACUCUGCAGGAAGGUCAAUCUCCAGAACCAGGGUUUUGUGGCAUCACUCCAAAAAAUCCCUUUGGCUCUACUCUAGGUUUCGCCCAUCACACCAACAGAGACUUUCAAACGUUACACUGAAAAAAGUUAUGUGUUGACUUUGCUUCCUUGAAGUGUAUACAUAAAUUGCACAAUAAUAAAAUAUAUUACAUCAACAUAA